GCAACCCCCUUUUUUGUGGCUUGCAAACUUGCAGGACGCGCAGAACCUUUGCUUGCCAGUUUGUUGCUGCUUCGUUCUCCGGACCACAGCAUUGCAAAUGCAGUUGCAAUGACCACCGCCUGCCCGUAUCCACCAUUGCGCGGCGGAGUGGCAGAACGCGCGCCGUGUUGCACACACAUCUGCCACUACUAGUACUUUGUUCGUGGCCGAAAUUGGUGCAUGGAGUCCCAUAAUCAUCUCAGUGAGUUUGUAGUUUGAAUUGUAAUAGUUCAAAGACGACGCCUGUCUGAGAAGCUUUUCUCGGCUGCAUCACGAUCGAAUGACAAUGCCUUUACCGAGUGACAGCAAAUCGUGGAAUCUUCCCGGCAAUGCGAACAACAACAACAAUCAGUCUACUUCGCCCCCCUCAAUAAAGCAAGUGGAGAAGCAGAUCUCCUGGCAUUUUGACAUGUGCCGAUUUGCCGAGCGUCUUCGCAAAUACGAGGCCAUUUGGAAUGUGAAGUGUCGCGACUAUGGCAACCGCGACAAGCGCAAAGCCCAGUUCAAAGCCCUUGGCAAUGAAUUUGGUCUGACCGCUGAUAGCGUGGAGUGCAAAUACCACAGCAUGCGAACAUACUAUGUGAAACAGAAGAAGAAGACGCAGUCGAUGUUCAAGAAAGCCGGCAGCAACAGCAGCCAAUCAUCAUCCGAUGCCUUCACACCAGUCUGGCCGCCGUACAAGUUGCUAUCGUUCCUGGACGACACCAUAGACCAGCGCGCGCCGAAGGACAGCUCUCACACGCUGGAGCUGGUCGACACCUCCAUGCCGAUGGAUCAGUGCGACAACGGCUCGGAGAACACGGAAAUCGACCCGUGCGAGGUAUGCAUUCUGUCACCGGUGCCGCUAAUGCACUCGCAGUCCUUGCCAGUUCCACUGACGCCCAUCGACACGCCAACAAUGCCGCCGUAUCGCAGCGGCGGCGAAGCAACCGAGGGAAUGACGACAACACUGGGCAGACGAUGCGGAUCCAAAGUACGGCGGGAGUCGCAAUCAGACGACUGCGGUGGCGGUAAUUUCUUCACGUUCGAUGACGACGGGAGCAUUGUGCAUGCUAGUCGAGCCAAACACGCCAAGAUCGAGCCCGACGUGGGUGCGUUCGUCCAGAUGAUUGGCCAUCAGCUAAACUCUGUGCGUCAUCCUUUGCGCCGCAUGCAGAUCAUGCACCGGGUGCAGGGUAUCGUCGUCGAGGAGGUGCUGCGUGGAUCGCCACCACCGGCCGGAGCUCCGGUCCAGUCACCACCCACAGCCAUGUCGCAGGCGUCAUCUCUGUACCAGGCACCGGGCGGCGCAUACCUCGUGCGUCAUGGCAACACCUCGCAGCCCACCUCCAUCCUGACGGCGCCGACGUCGACAUUCGUACCGUCCAUACCGAUGCCGGUGAUGCGUAAUCACUUCCCCGGCUCGGCAGCCGGCGCGCGUCCCGGUGGUCCGUCGGCCGAGUCUCACGAGCCAGCCUCGCCGCUGCACAGCCCCACGGAAACGGUUGCCAUGGUGUCAAUGCUCUCGGUGGACGCGCCCCUGGUGAAGGCGCAGGCGGGCGUGGCGGCGGUCAUGCCCUCGUUCUCGCAGCGCGGCGGCAUGCACCGUCCACUCAACGUUGCCGUGCCGACGAGCGGUAAUCAACAUGGCAGUGCCAUGCACAAGACAUUCCCAUCAGCUCAGCACCGGCAACAGCAGCUGCAGCAGCACCAUCGUCAUCAUCACCAUCAUGGCAUGGCCGCGCCAGCAUCAGCGUCAAGCAACAAUGGCGGCCGAACGGGCAACGGACACCAAUCCCAACGUGGCGGCCACUUGUCUCGACGUAACGUCAGUGACACACAGGCCCAGCAGCAGCAACAGCAACAGCAAGAGCAGCACUCCGAGGACCGUGAUGUUGAUAUAAACGUUGUACAGAGCUAGCCGCUGGCGAAGGUUUUGUGUGGUCCCGUGUGGAUGCCAUGCGGUGUCUUCGCUGCCUCGCUGUGUACCCUGCAGUACUGCUGCGUAGUGCGUGAGAGGUUUGUGCUGCGAUGUGUGAUGUGUUUUGUCCAGGUUGACAUAGGAGAGAGUGAGUGUGUGUGUGUGUGUGUGUGUGUGUGUGUGUGUGUGUGUGUGUGUGUGUGUGUGUGUGUGUGAGAGAGAGAGAGAGAGAGAGAGAGCGAGAGAGAGAGAGCGUGUUUUUGUGUGUUGGUGUUGGUGUGGUAGACAGACAGACAGACGGACUGUUUGUGUGUGCGCUUGUAUAUCUCUGC